UUAACAAAUCACUGCAGUUGUUAAGUACAUCAUGCAGUUGUUAAGCGAAUAUUGGCUUCACCCAUUGACUUUGCUUGUCAGAACCUAGUUGGAAAAGGAGAAAAUGGCAAUCACAUGAUCCCAGGGCAUUGUAAUUGUAAAAAAAUGCUUCCCAAGGGCCCAAUUUUUGAUGACAUGACUGCGGAAAUGCUAUGACAAUUGUAAAUGCAAGGAUCAGUUGUAAGUUACUUUUUUCUGUGCCAUUGUAACUUUGAAGGUUUGCUAAACAAAUGGUUAUAAGAUGAAUACCUAAUAUUUGGUGCUGGUCAGGUUUUUAUCCAUAACAGUAAUAGAAAUGAUCAACAGACAGUAGACUGGUUAUUACUGAUAUCUAGCGGCAACUGAAUGGAUUUUAGAUUAUGUAUCUGAAUGUAGGCAAAGCUGAAUUAUAAUCUCACAUAUACGGAAAAGCUGCAUUGCUUGGUCUGGAAUAAUUAAAUAUUUGAUUGGCAGGUGGAACAUCAGAGUUCAAGAAACUUUUAUACAUUUAAAAUUGUAUUAAUACUGGCUGAAUUCAGUGAGUGAAUUGAGUCCUAAAUUUUUUGAGAGUGGUGUGAUACACAUUGCUAAAAUAAGUACAGCUACAGAUUUCUCUCGUUCCAGUUGGUCGAAUGGUAUUAGAACUGUUUGCAGAUAUUGUACCUAAAACUGCAGAAAACUUUCGUGCAUUGUGUACUGGAGAAAAAGGUAUUGGGCCUACAACUGGAAAGCCUCUUCAUUAUAAAGGAUGUCCUUUCCAUAGAAUUAUCAAGGAAUUUAUGAUCCAGGGUGGAGAUUUUUCAAAUCAGGAUGGAACAGGUGGAGAAAGUAUAUAUGGAGAAAAGUUUGAAGAUGAAAAUUUUCAUUAUAAGCAUGAUAAACCAGGUUUGCUGAGCAUGGCAAAUGCAGGAUGCAAUACAAAUGGUUCACAGUUCUUUAUCACAACUGUGCCUACCCCUCACCUUGAUGGGAAACACGUCGUCUUUGGGCAAGUGAUCAAGGGCAUGGGUGUUGCAAAACUUUUAGAAAAUGUUGAAAUAAAAGGAGAAAAACCUGCCAAGUUGUGCGUUAUUGCAGAAUGUGGAGAGCUAAAAGAAGAUGAAAACUGGGAAAUCUCUCCCAUGGAUGGUUCUGGAGAUAUUCAUGCAGACUUUCCUGAAGAUUCUGACAUAGAUUUAAAGGAAGUUGACAAGAUUGUGGCUGUAGCUGAAGAUGUAAAAAAUAUAGGCAAUUCUUUCUUCAAGUCACAAAAUUGGGCAAUGGCAGUCAAGAAAUACAGCAAGUCUUUGAGGUAAAAUUACAUAUUGUUCCUAAAAUAUAUAUAUUCUACCUAGGGCUUUC